CAUUACUCCUACCCAAAAAAACCUAUAAUCAUUUCUAAACAAUGCCUUCAUCCUCCUCGUUUAAACGCAUCGUUUCACUCCCUCUAUUGGCCUUGGCCAUACAACUUCUCUCUAUACACAGCGUUUUGUCCCAAAGUCAGGACAAUGCGUUCCUCUACCACAAGUGUUCUGACAUUGAAGGGAACUUCACUUCGAGGAGUCCAUACGAGUCAAAUCUCAACAGUCUCUUUCCUCGUCUCUCUUACAGUGUUCCAUCAAACGGGUUUGCCGCUCUCUCGACUGGCAACAAACCUGACAACGUCAAUGGUUUGGGCCUAUGCCGCGGCGAUGCCUCUCCUUCUGACUGCCGAACCUGUCUGGCAACGGCCAUUCCAGAGCUACGUAAGAGAUGUCCGAAUAACAAGGCAGGAAUAAUAUGGUACGACAACUGUCUAGUCAAGUAUUCAUCGACCAAUUUCUUCGGAAAGAUUGAUUACGAGAACAGGUUCUAUCUGUACAACGUCAACAACGUGAGCAAUCCAGCAUCGUUCAACACGCAGACCAAAGCUCUUUUAACUGAGCUGACGAAAAAAGCAACUGCUGGAGGCAACCAGAAGCUGUUUGCCACAGGGGAAAAGAGUCUCGGGGAGAAGAAGCUGUACGGAUUAGUGCAGUGUACGAGAGACUUGAGGAGUGACAGUUGCAAGGCAUGUUUGGUUGGGAUUAUCGGGGAGCUUCCUAACUGCUGCGACGGUAAAGAAGGAGGGAGAGUUGUGGGUGGCAGUUGUAACUUUCGGUAUGAAAUUUACCCUUUUGUUAAGACUGCUUGAUAGAGGUCCAAAUUAAAAGUGGUCCAGAGGCAGACAUGGUCCUUAAUUAUAAUGGUGUCAGUGGGAUAUGUAUAGAGACAUGUAUUGUGUGCUUGCUGUUUGAAUAAAGUGUUGAGUCAACAAAAUUUAAGGUCUUCUUUGCGAGUUCUUUGGUUGUGGUUUGUUUGGUCCCCUUAUUAAUAAUAAUCAUGUAAAGUUACAUAUUUUGGCUUAUA